AUGUCAUCUGCACCAGAGUGGUUCCCAACAGGAUCUCUCCAGGAAGCCAUUGAUGAGGUCAAAAAGCUUACUGUUGAUGAUGAGUUCAAGGAAGCAGCAAUGAAGUCGAUUGCUGAAAAAGUUUUACAACUUGGUUCAAUCAAAUCUGCGACAAUUGAUGCAAAAACUGGAGAAUAUAAUGUCGUAGCGCGUGAUGGUCUUAUGAAAACUUAUGUUGGAGGCGAUAUAGGCACAGAGAAAGCAGUUAGAGCUUCAACAGGUUGGGCAAACUUUUUCAAGAGAGGCGAAACUAUUUCUCUUACAGGCAAGUAUACUGUAGGAGGAAAUCCAUCAGUCAAUGUUGCAUUUACAUUACCAGACUUCAAAUCUGUUGAUUUUUCCAAAAAUACUCCUUUCAGAACUUAUUCUUACGCAUUUAAUAUAGAAAAGAAUGAUGAUGGAUAUAAAUCUAUACAAUCUGCCGGAUUUGAAUUUAAUCUUGGUGGUGGUAAAGACGUUUUUUCAAAAUCCAUUUCAUUAUCUGCCAUUCGCCAAGCAAUAGAUUCCGAUGUUCCAUUCCCACUUAAAUACGAACCAAAUCCUUACUUCAAAUUCCAAAUUGGAGCUGGAAUGCCUUCAUUUCUCCCUAUGCAACGUAAUCAGAUCCAUGCAGGCCUUAUUUGUGACACGAAAUUGGCAGUUACACCAUUUGUUAAAGCUACAGGAUUCAAUAAAAUCAAUUUACCAUUUGGAAUUUCAAUUACAGCGAAUAUGGGACUUAUUUCUUCAUUAAGAAAGCGUCCUGGAGCUAAAUUAUCACUAGAAAACAUGACUCCUGUUCCAUAUCCAGAGAAAUUCCUCCUUGGAGGCUUACCAACAAUUUAUGGCGUUGAUGCGGCCAAAUUCGGCUAUAAAUAUGGAGGAUUCCCAAUUGGAAGCAACGUUUAUGCCUCUUUAACAUUAGAUGAAAGCGUUUUGAUCUUCCCAGAGCAAAGUUUGAACGGACACAUCUUUUUGAGCGGAUCCAUCGCUAAAAACUUCUCUUCUUACUUCCCACAGUCGUGCGAUCCUUCUUGGACAUCGCUGGCUGUUGCUGGUGUUGGUCUUACCUUUAUUCAAGGCCAAGUCAAGGUUGAAGCAAAUCUCCAGAAGCCAAUCUUCCAAUCUGGAGCCAAAUUGAAUGUUUUGACCUAUCAGCUCGGAAUUACUCCUGCUUAA